AAAGAGAGAGAAAGUUAGAGAGAGAGAGAGAGAGAGAGAGAGAGAUGGGUGAGGCGGAGAUGGCGACGGCGGGCGAGCAGAGUCCGAGUCCAAGGAGCCCAGAGGCGAAGCUUGGAAUGCAAGUGGAGGAUCUGUGGGACACGCAAGAGCGUCAGCUCAGUCCCACUGAGAAGCUCAACGCUUGCUUUGAAAGCAUUCCUGUUUCUGCUUUUCCUCCUGCUCCUUCCGAUCAAGUGAUAGAGAUAAAAUCAGAUUGUAGCUUAGCUGAGGCUGUUCAAAUAUUGGCCGACCACAAAAUCCUUAGUGCACCGGUUGUGGAUGUUGAUGCGCCUGAGGAUGCUAGUUGGAUUGACAGAUACAUUGGGAUCGUUGAAUUCGCAGGCAUUGUUGUGUGGAUUCUGCAUCAGUCAGAACCUUCCUCUCCUAGGAGCCCAAGUAGUGGAAGUGCUGUUGCUGCGGCGGCAAGUGGUGUGACUUCUUUGCUUGAACUUGGAGUGUUGGGCCCUGACUCGGCUGCACCGACAUCAGGAAACUUCUUUGAGGCCCUGACUGCAUCUGAAUUUUACAAGAAUACAAAGGUUCGAGACAUCUCGGGGUCAUUCCGGUGGGCUCCAUUUCUUGCUUUGCAGACAUCCAACUCAUUUUUGACUAUGCUUUUACUGCUUUCCAAGUACAAGAUGAAGAGCAUCCCUGUAGUUGAUUUGGGCGAGGGCAAGAUUGAGAACAUAAUCACUCAGUCUGCCGUGAUUCACAUGUUAGCGGAAUGUGCUGGCCUUCAUUGGUUCGAGAGUUGGGGAACCAAGAAACUAUCCGAAGUUGGUCUUCCAACGGUGACUGGUAAUCGUAUUAUCAAGGUUUACGAGGACGAGCCAGUCUUACAAGCAUUUAAGCUGAUGCGGAAAAAGAGGAUUGGAGGGGUGCCUGUGAUUGAAAAUGGUGGCACCAAAGCAGUUGGUAACAUAAGCUUAAGAGAUAUCCAGUUCUUGCUUACAGCUCCAGAGAUCUACCAUGAUUAUAGAUCCAUCACGGCUAAGAACUUCCUAACAGCUGUUAGAAGCUACACGGAGAAGCAUAAGGAGGCUUCCCUGACUUUGAGCGAGAUGAUCACAUGCAAAAAGGACCACACCAUCAAAGAAAUGAUUUUGUUGCUCGACUCCAAGAAGAUCCAUCGAGUGUAUGUUGUUGAUGACGAUGGGAACUUGGAAGGAGUGAUUACUCUCAGAGACAUCAUCUCAAAGCUAGUUCACGAGCCUCGUGGCUACUUCGGUGAUUUCUUCGACGGAGUUCUACCGCUGCCUCAAAACAGCAGGGUUUGAUCACCAACAACUUUCUCAUCAUUCCAAUGAGGAUUAACCCCUUCCUUUUUUUUUUCCCCCUUUAGUGAUGCGUGACCUUGACAUGGAUGGUGUGAGUUGAAUAUGGCCAUUGUAAAAUAGCAGGGCCUUUGUAAUUAAUCAUCUACAGUUUGACAUGGCUUUCUGUUUUGUACGUUUUGCUGUACCCUUGAGCUUCAUUCAAGGAUUCUUGUAAAACUCUCUAAUAAAAGCAGCCUUUGUUCA